ACAGCGCGGUGAUUUAACUGGAGAAAGGAUAAAGUGUCCAAACACAGAGAAAAACUCCUGCUGAAGCGACUGAUCUCCACACUGUUAUAAAGAUGGCGGUUAUUAAAGAGGAGAGUGAAGAUGUGGAGAUUGAAGAAACAUUCAUAGUCAAACAGGAAGAUCUGCAGGAACAAACAGACCUGAUGGUGCUGAAAGAAGAGACUCAACAAUGGAAUAAAAUGGAAGAGCAACACCAAGAAAUAACAGCUGAUGAAAAACCCACACUGACUGAAAAGACUUCAUCACUCGGAAGACCUCGGAAAUCCAAAACUGAGUGUAAUUUUAGCAGUAAACAGUGUAGAAAGAGUUUCAGUCAAAAGCUUAACCUUGGUGUUCACAUGAGAGUUCACAUUAGGGAGAAACCUUACACUUGCGAACAGUGUGGAAAGAGUUUUGGUCAAAAAAAAAGCUUCAAAACCCACAUGAGAAUUCACACUGGAGAGAGGCCGUACACAUGCCAACAGUGUGGAAAAAGCUUCUGUCAAGCAGGAAACUUUGCAGUGCACAAAAGAAUUCACACUGGAGAGAGGCCCUACACAUGCCAACAGUGUGGAAAGAGUUUUACGCAAAGUGGCAACCUUAAAGACCACAUUAGAACUCACAAUGGAGGAAAAAAAUUUGCUUGCACACAGUGUGGAAAAAGUUUUGCUCAAAAACAAAAGCAUGACACCCACAUGACGAUCCACACUGGAGAGAAACCUUACAGAUGCACAGAGUGUGGUAAAAGUUUCACAUGUAAAAGCGCACUCAAUAACCACAUGAUAAGUCACACUGGAGAGAAGCCGUUUGCAUGUGCUCAGUGUGGAAAGAGCUUCACAACCAAAGCUAGCCUCAAGAACCACAUGGAUGGUCACUCUGGAAUCAUAGUGUUCAUAUGUGAUCAGUGUGGAAAGAGUCUCACUUGCAAAGACUACAUUAAGCAACACAUGAAGAAUCACUCAAGAGAAGAUCGUUUUAGAUGCAGUGAGUGUGGAAUGAGCUUUAAACAAAAAAUAAACCUCAGCGCUCACAUGAAGCUUCACUAUGCAGAGCAGAGUCCUCAACAUUGAGACCUUCUCCACACAAACACGAGUAUAUUGAAAACGGCAGCUUUUUCAUGUAGUUUGGCUGUUCAUUGACAUGAAGUUUAUUUAUAAACUACUUUCGAGAGGAUCACAUGCUUAUUAUUGUUCACGACUGGUCCAGCAUCAGCUAACACGAUUCACCAAUCAGAUGAUACCUGACUUCCUAUAAAGGACAAGAGAUUCUUACCUCUGUUAUCUUCGUCGUUAUCUUUUAGACUCCCUAAAGCCCUGUUCAGACUACACAAUGCCAUUUGUCAGUUGCGACAGAUGAGAUUUGUGUCAGAUUAUGAGAUUUUGACUUGAUCAAAUCUUGAUGUGUUGUGGGUACAAAUGAAGACUUUGGUUUUAAAACACUACACAUUUAUUUUGAUGCACUGUAAAAAAUUGCUGUUAAAAAACGGUCAGAUUCUACGGUAAAAUAAUGUUUUUUCACUAAAACAGUAAUAUUCUGUUAAAAACAGUGCUUUCUGGGUAACAUUUUUGUUUUCGAGAAAGUAACCAACUGCUGAAAACUGUGAGCUAACAGAGUUCAGAUUCGAUGUUUUGAAGUCUGUGUUUGAAAUCACGCUUUGUGUCCUUGUUCACUAUUUCAUACACUAGUUAACUAAUAUAGUUCACCUGACAGUUUUAAUGAACACUAAUGAGUAAAUUCAGACACUGAUGAACACCUGCUGUUAAUAAUUACAAUUACUGAAGAAAACAAAACAAGAAACACAAACAGUGACUUGAGUUACAGCAUUAAAUAAAAUAAAAUAAAACAGCUUCAGUCUCAGCAGAGGAUCAUUAAACAACUCCACAAACAACAGCAGACACACACUUAUUACUGACUGAUUUGACUUCCAUACUAUUCUCAUUGAGAUCCAACAGAAAUUAAGGUGUUUUUUGUGUCACCGUAAUGGAGUGAGGGGCUGGUUUAGUUGGGCUCUUCACCCUUGAACUCAUUUAAGAAGACUUUUCAUCUGCUUGAAUACAGAGUUUACAAAACGUUUGUACUAUAGCAAUAAAGUUGGGAAGUCAAUAAAUAGAGAAAUCUAUUUGUCUGAAAUUAGUUCUGAUAAAUAUUGUGUUUUAAAUCUGGAAGAAGGGCCUCAUGCAACAGAUUUUAUGGUUAGUUGCAGGUAUUAAUUUAAUUAAUGAGAAGUGGAAACAGAAAAGAUACCUCCGUAAUUACUUAACAGUUAAGAAAUAACAUACAAAAACAGUUCAGUUAUGACAAAUACACACUCAGACCUCAUGAAUCUGACCUUGUAUCUCAACAAUGGUAACAUCUCAAAUGUUUCAUGCUGCAAUGCAUGCUGGGAGUGGCACGGUACAAAUAUCCCAGCAUGCAUUGCGGUAUAAAUAAAUGUUGUAUAAUG